AUGGAUUCGUCUGUCGGAUCUGCAGAUUGGAGGAGUCGGUUGCCAUCGAAUUCGCGACAAAAGGUUCUCAACAAGAUAAUUGAUACCUUGAGCAAGCAUGCCAAGUUUUCAGGAGAUAUGAAUCAGCUUAAGAAUGUUGCUAAGAGGUUUGAGGAGAAGGCUUUUACUGCUGCAACAAGCCAUGCUGAGUAUAUGAAUAAAAUAUGUGUUAAGCUUGUGACCAUGGAAAAAAGAUCUACAAAUGACACGAAUACCUCGGCUAGUAUUCCUGUAAACCCGUCUGAAUCAGGAUCUCAGGGCAUGUCACAAGGCAACAACCAAAGUCAAUCACCUCCGGUUCUUGUAACUUCUAAUCAUCCGAUUUUACCUCAGAACAUCCACACUAGUAUUGCGUCAUCUGCAUUGCCACCUAUCAGUGGCAUAUCACAAUCUAGCAUUCCAAAUAUUGUCAGUCAAACUUCAAGCUUGCAGACCAUGCCUGAGGUUCAACAAAUUUCUAUAGGAAAUACUAUGGAGCAAGCCGUACGAGUUCCUCCUACUAGUAUUUCAAGUCAAGGGCAGAUAUCAGGAAGUCAGCAACAGUCUCAAAACUCACAGCAUUAUCGUUAUCAGCAACACUUUCAUCAAAUUGCAAAGCAGCAGCACGAGCAGAAUAAUAGUACAACAGCAAUGCAAUCAAACAUUCAGCAACAAAAGUUGCAUCCAAGUCAUUUCCAGUCAUCUCAACGAUCUAUUAUGCAGCCCACAAUGUUGCAACCAUCUCUCUCUACCGUUCAACAAAAUCAGCAGCCUAUUUUUUCACAAUUAAGUCAACCCGUGAGUCAACAACAUCAACAACCGGUCUUAAAGCAGCAAAGGUACCAACAAUUUCAGCCUCAGUUGAUGGGCCAUCAAAAUAAUCUUUCCAAUGUAAAGCAACAUUCGAGUGGUCAACAUAACUUUCCUGCUAUUCAUCAGCAACAUUUUGCGCCUCAAAGUAGUAUGAAACAACAGCAUAAGCACCAGUUACCUGGAACUCAAUCUGGUAAUUUCACACCAAACAAUCAACAUUCGGCACAUCUACUUCAGUCAACACAAGGUCAAAAGUCACAAGUGGAAUUACAGCAACAGGGGAUGCCACAGUUACAUAUGCAGUCAAGUCAUUUGCAAUGCCAAUCUAUUGUUAAAUUGCAGGCAAACACGUCACAAGGAGAUAUGCAACAAAGGCUUCCAACAUCAGGAGCAUUUCAGCAGCAGAGUGUGAUAGAUCAGCAGAAACCGCUAAUGCAACAACAAAGAGCAAAGCCAGAGGCUUCAUCAACAUCCUCGGAUUCCACUGCUCAAACAGGAAAUCCUAAUGGCGGAGAUUGGCAACAGGAAGUGUAUCAAAAGAUAAAAGCUAUGAAGGAUAAGUAUCUGCUUCAUUUGAAAGACGUGUACCAUAUAACUAUCAGCAAACUGCAUCAAUAUGAUUCUUUUCCUCAGCAAUUUGAAAAACUGAAAAAGUAUAUACAAGCCAUGGAGCAUUACAUGUCAGUCCUUCAAAUCGACAAGACCAAGAUAUCUCUCAUUCAUAAAGAAAAACUGGGCCUUUUUGAGCGGGAUAUUGUUUGCAUUAUACGUUAUCUUAAGGGCACGUUUGGGGUCACAAUGCCACAACCACUUUCAAGUUCUCUGCACCAAUCACAGCAGACACAAGCUCAUUUGACACAAGUGAAACCACGUGAAAAUCAGAUAAACUCCCAGAUGCAGUCCGUUAAUUUACAGCAGAAUAAUAUGGCUAUUUUGCAUCAGAAUAUGGAUAUCAUGCAGACAAGUUCCAAGAUCCUUCAACAUCCGCAAUACCAAUUUUUGCAGAAACAACUCCACCAGAAGCAGAAUCAGUUUUAUUCGCAAACAAAGCAACAACAAAAUGGGAAUCAAAUGAUUAAUGGUAAUGAGUUAAAAGUUAAGCAGCAAACUGGAGUGAAGUUAGAAUCCUUUCAGCAGCUUACUACAUGUCACCAACAAUCAAAGUUGGGAGUUUCUUUUUCCUCUCCACAAACUGAUCAGAAAAAUGCACUAAAUACGGUUACUAAACCCGGUACACCUGCGCAAUCUGCAAACUCACCAUUUAUUGCGUCAUCUCCGUCAACUCCAUCUACAUCUCAUACGCCAAUAGACUCUGAGAAAGUUAAUUUUGGUAUUGCAUCACUUUCUAAUGUGAUGAAUAUUGGACAUCAACCAACUUCUGCAAUUUCCCCGUCUCAGCCUCUUUUUAUAGGUACACCUGGAGUAUCACCGUCACCUUUGCUUGCAGAGUUCUCAAGUCUAGAUGGAAAUGAUGGUAACGGUAUUUCAGUAGUUUCAGAGAAGUCAAGUACUAUAGAAGAUCCAAUGGAGCGCUUGCUCAAAGUGGUAAAGUCAAGUUCACCAAAAUCCUUGAGUUCUGCGAUUAGCAACAUUAGUUCAGUUUUGAGUAUGAUUGAAAACAUCGCAGGAUCUGAACCAGGUAAGAGAUCAAUGGCUGCAAUUGGUGAAAACUUGGCUGCCAUGACAAAAUUUCAUCUUCAGAGCACUUCCAUCACCCACAAUAGAAGUACUGAAACAAGAAACGCAAAUCACUUGAAUGUUGUAUCAUCUGCUAGCGAUGUAAUUGAUAGCUUAAAGGAUAAAAAUUGCUGGGUGGCUUCAGAGUUGGAAUCAACUGCAACUUCUACCAUUAAAAGACCCAGGGUUGAGAAAAGGCAUCCGCUAUUGGAUGAAAUACGAGGGAUCAAUCAAGGACUCAUAGAUACUGUCGUAGAUAUUAGCCAUGAAUCAGGAGUUGGUAAAGGAACUGUCGUCAAGUGUUCAUUUAGGAAUAUUUCUCUUACUUCAGACCUUAAGUCACAAUAUGGUCCAACCGUUGUGCAGUCUAUACAACCAUUGAAGUUGCUUGUUCCUGCAAAUUAUCCAUAUUGCUCCCCGAUGCUUUUAGAUAAGUCUCUAGUUGAAGUCAGCAAGGAAAAUGAAGAUCUUUCGACAAAAGCAAAGUGUCGGUUCAGUAGGUGCGUAAGAAGGCUUUCAGACCCGAUAUCACUCAAGGAAAUGGCACAGACUUGGGAUAUUUGUGCUCAUGCAGUUCUUGUGGAGUUCGCGCAACAAAGUGGUGGUGGUACAUUUACCUCUAAAUAUGGUGCCUGGGAGGAAUGCUUCUCCGCUGCAUGA